CUCUGUCCGUUCUGUCCCUGUCUACACACAAUUCUGCUUUCAUUGCGUGACUGGUGUCACAGCAGGUAAGCUUAAGAGGGGGCAUCAAUUCAGAUACACCUGCCACACAUUGUUGGGACGGCGGCCGCUGUUAGCUAGAAGCAAUUUGUUGCUUCACAGUUAGCGCAAGAAAGUGACUCACAGUGCUUGCUGGUAUUUUUUUGUCUAUCUUGAAUUCCGAGUACUCCUGGUACUUUUUUCACUUUGCCCUGAUUUACCGUGCGUGAUUCAUGUACUUAUAUGCACUGACUGCAGCCGAGUGAACGCAGAAGGAACGCAAACGUGUGUUUGUUGUGCAUCAUGACGAGCGGAACAUCAGCGGUAUUUUGGAGGUUCUUUCACUGGGGACCCAUAACCGCUAUCAGCAUUAUAAAAUCGAUCACGUUCAUGACACUGUACAUGAACGCAAUGUGGUGGCCCCCGCAUCAAUCCGUGGGAGGUUUCAUCAAUCAGAGCAUCUUCCUGCUACUUUCCGCCAGUACGGGGUUCAACUUUGUGAUGGCAUCAUUGGUGGGACCCAAGUUCCUGCCGCUCCGAUGGCACCCGAAGAACCCGAGCGACGAACAGCGGCUCCAGUAUUGUUACAGCUGUGAGGGGUUCAAAGCACCCCGCUCGCAUCACUGCCGCAAGUGUGAUCGGUGUGUGAUCAAGAUGGACCAUCACUGCCCGUGGAUUAACCACUGCGUUGGAUGGGCGAACCAUGCGUACUUUACGUGUUUUCUAGCGUUCGCGGUGGCCGGUUGUACCCACGCGACCUUCAUUCUAUCCGGGUCUUUGUACGCCGGGCUAUACCGGGAUUGGUACGUAUACUAUGGGCAGUACUCGAAGGCGACCGUCCUACUGGGACUGUGGAGUCUGAUAUUUGGUGUGUUCAACGUUGGUCUCGCGAUCGGAGUUAUAAUUGCGGUUGGGAUGCUGUUGUUCUUCCAAGUUCGGGCCAUUCUGAACAAUCGCACUGGAAUCGAGGAUUGGAUCGUGGAGAAGGCUAGACAUAGACGGGAAGGCACAGACGAGAGCUUCCGUUAUCCUUACGAUCUGGGCAAGUGGAAAAAUGUACAACAGGUGGCCAGCUGGACGUGUUCGUCCAUUGGCAAUGGAGUCGAGUGGGCUGUUGCCGAGGGAUGUGAUCAGUUCACAUUAACGCAAGAGCAGAUUCUUCAGAAAACUGAAAAACGCGCCAGGACCCGAACAUAUACUAUCAGUAAGCCCGUAUCUGGAAGCUGGAUGCCUCUGUGGACCCAAGGGUACAAGGUUUGUCUUAGUCCGCCUCUGACCGACGAACCGCGCAUCAAAUUGUUUGUUGGUGAUGUGGUCCGAGUGACACGCUGGAAGAAACAUUGGCUCUUCGGAGAGAAAGUAAACCUGGAGACACAUGAAGGCAAAAACGGUGGUAAAAAAGUCGGAAAAACGCAAAAGGAGAAAAAGGUUGAGCACAUGGAGCACUCCCACAAACCACGGCGGAUACGGGGCUGGUUCCCGCGGCAGUGCGCUGUCGAAUUGGUUGAAGAUGGAGAUGAUGCCGAACAACAUCAACAUUUCAAUGACAGGAAAAAGAAUAAAUAAAUUCAACACAACAGUCUUAGAGCAAAACUACUUUUCCAAGCUUCGAUGCUAAUUUAAUGUGGUAGUCAACAGAAAACGAUUGAUAAGUAUUUUUCCCCCAGAAUAACAAAAGCUACAAUUUACAAUUUUUAACUGUUUUUUUUUAAAUAAAUAAUAAACAAGCAACAUUCA